AUGGGUUUAAGAGCUCAGAAGAAAUUACUGGGCAAGAUGUCGGGAAAGAAAAUCGCCAAAGUGUUCAUUGAUGAUACCACCGGACGAAUUCUAGACAAUACACACAAAAUUAUCAAAGAAUUCUCAGACACCAAGAAAGAAUCAGAAAAGAUUUUGAAAUAUCUGAUAAAAACAGUUGUGAAAAUUGGAAUUUUGUACAAAAAUGAUCAGUUUAAUGGUGAUGAACUCAAAAUGGUGGAAAAUUUCAAGCAGAAAUUUCAUUCUUUAGCUAUGACUGUCGUUAGUUUUCAUGAGGUGGAUUUCACGUACGAUCGAAACUACCUUCGAAAAUCUCUCGAAGAAUGCAAAGCAAUAUUACAGACUUUAGUUGCAAGACAUUUAACCGACAAAUCUAAGGGCAGAAUCGACCUUGUGUUUGAUUUUUUCGCGCAGGCCGAUCUUUUAGAUGCUGUUUUCCAGUCUGAUAAUAAGUAUAAGGACACCAUGGAUUUGAUUGUUAAGGAUUUAAAUAAAAUGAUGGAUGAAGGAAAUUUAUAA